GAUAAAAUUAAAACCUUACAUGACCUUAUGUAUAGGGUUUUAACGUGAACGUGCGUCCAUACACUGAAGGCCAAUACACAAAUCGGCAUCUAAUGUCGGCAUCGUUCUAACUUGUGUUCCAUGUGUAGUUACAUAAACAGGAUGAAGAGGGCUUUGACCUGUUUUCUUGUGUCGUUAUUCUGCAUUGGUGGAACUCAGACAUACAUAUUGUUAUCGACAAAUUUUGUUGCAAUGCCAACACCACAAAACAUGACUUCUCUUCAGUCGACGGCAUGCAGUGUUUCUGGUGGCUUUGUGAAAUACUCUGAAACAAUAAACACUUUUUUACCUGGACAAGAUUUCUUCUAUACACAACAGAAUUUUGACAAAACAACAAAAGAUUUCUUCAGAGUAUCUACAGCUCAGUGUUACCAAUAUCCCGAAAUAUUCUUUGUUCUGAGUACCUUGCUGACAGAAUGUAGAAUGAUUAGAAAAAAGUCUUACGACACGAAGAACGAUUUGGCAGAUCGGAAUGCAACUAAUAUAUAUUUUUGGUUAAGAUUUUAUGAAAUGGACUGUACUGGGGUUCCUUUUGCAAAACAUUUAUGUGUAACUUGCAAGUCGAAAGAUUGCUCUGCUAACGUCACCUGCUACGUAUUUGCCGGAGAAUGCACUGGAAGCUUGGAAUUAAACACCAACCUAAUUGAUGACAAAGACGAGAAUGGCAAAUCCUGCAAACGUGGAUCAAAGGAUGGAAACUGUACCAAUAUUUGUGAUCCUCGAACCUAUGGCCUUCUAUGCAGCUCUAGAUGUAGUCGCCAUUGUGUGGAUGGAGAAUGUCAUCACAGAAAUGGCACUUGUCUACAAGGAUGUACUUCCGGUUGGAAGGGAGACAAGUGCACCGAACCAGACUGUCCACCUGACAAGUACGGCGUGAACUGCAGUCUGACCUGUAGCCCUAAUUGUUGGAGCGACAAAUGCGACAGUGAGGACGGCACGUGUGUCUGUGGACUUGGGUGGCAAAGAAAGGAUUCAGCGUCCAAUGAUGUCCUCUGUAACAAACCCUGUGAGCCUGGAUUUUACGGCUAUCGAUGCGAGGAGGAGUGCGGAGACUGCUUGGAGGGCACAGUCUGUUUACCUGGAAACGGUACCUGUCCAAAAGGUUGUAAUGAGCCUGGCUUCCGCAUUUCCUCUGACAGGUGCAAUUAUAAUCAAUACGAUAGCUAUAAAAGUCCAUGUUAUCAUGAUGAAUACGGAAUAAACUGUGAGAAGACAUGCAGCCCUACCUGUUUAAGAAAUUCCUGUAGAAAUACUGACGGAAGGUGUCGUAACUGUCCUGCUGGGUUAAAGGGCUUCAAUUGUACAACAGAAUGUAGCCCAGGGACUUUUGGCGAGAAUUGUAACGGUCGGUGUCGUUGCGACGGUGGCUCUCCCUGUGAUCCGGUGAGCGGCCGGUGCCCCGGGGAAUGUGAAGAAGGGUACGAAGGGGAAACCUGCAGUAUGAAAAAGUGUGAACCAGGGUUGUAUGGAGACGACUGUGACAAAUGGUGCUUCUGUAAAGAUAGGAAACCAUGUGAUCGUAGAUACGGAUAUUGUCCAGAGAAAGAGUGUCAAAAGGGCUGGAGUUUGUCUUCGUGUGACUAUAGGGACACAUGCCUUUAUACAGAAACAGGCCCAAUUACGUGGGAGCCCAGGAGCUUGGGGAUCGGCCUCGCUUUGGGGUUCGUAGGAACCUUCUUUGUUACUGGAUGUGGUGCGAUUUAUCGCAAAUUCGAAAAGAUGUAGCGAGAAGGUUUAUAAGAGUAAGUGCCAUUUGAUGAAAAUAAGAGAAGAAGUUCCGGGAUGGAAGUUGAAUUCAUUUCACAGAGAAAAGUUCGGUCGUAAGACUAUUUCCGACCUACUUUUGUUAUUUUGAUACUUUAAUUUAUUGUACUUUUGUUAUAUAAAACAUACAUUUAUUGUCCAUGUGCUAGUUAUAUCAAACUGAUGUAAGUUAUUAGUUGUACUGGUAUAGAGAAUAAUUUAUUCACCGCCAGAGUAAUCUAGUGGCGUAGUGAUGUCAUCAUUAUUAAAGUGCAUAACCCAUGACCAGACAAUUGAUUUAAAUAUUCAACACUAUUCCUGUAAUCAGAUAAACGGAAAAUCUACAUUAAAAGAAGCGAUAUCAUUUUAGAUUUAGUUAGAUGGUAUUCAAUUAGAAUAUUUCAUUUUCCGUUAAUGAGUAGUUAUUGUGAAACUUUACAUAUUUUUUUUUUUAUAAAUUUUUAUAUUGUGGUUUAUGGAAUGUUUUUUUCAUUGAGAAUGUGUUUUUUCUGUGCUGUUUUGUAUAGUAGGAAACUAAAAAAUGACAGAUUACUAUAUGUGUUGCUGUCUAUCUACGGGUGUGAUCAGGUUUUUAUGUUUUUAUCUUUCCCCUUUACAUAUUGUUUUAAUAUUAUAUUUUGGUGCUUCGUGUUUAUUCCUAUUAAAUUUACAUUUAUAACAUUCGACUAAAUACGUAUAUCAAAGUUUUCAAACUUUCCGUUGCUAUCAAAGACUACUUGAUUUUUUUCUCUAGAAGUUAUAGAGGGGGCAAGGAAGAGGAGUGUCAACAAUUAACAAUUAAGUAGACACGUUUGUUUAAACAAUUAAGAAAAAAACCAUCCUUUAAUCAAUUUAAGUAGAAAAUAUUGUAAUUCUGAAUCCGCUACCGCCUUGAAAACUUUUUUUUAUAUUUAUAUAUAAACAGUUUCCAGUGCCUGUGUAGGUAAUGACAUCAAUGUACCAACCAAAGUAAUUUUUAGUUUUAUAUAUUUCAUCCGUGACAUUAAUGCCGCACUGUUGGGGCGCACUUGGGGUUGGCAUAAUUAUACAAUAUGAAAAUAAUGUAAAAAUGUCAAUUGAAUAUUUGAUGGUACAAUUGCUGAAAAUUAUAAGAAUAUAAGUAAUAAUCAUUAGGAUGUGGAUAUUUAAAUGCAAUUAAAAACGGAAAAAAAUAUGUCUUGGUUAUAUUAAAGAAUGCAUUAAAACAACGUUUCACUGCUUUCUCUUUUCAUUCAUAUCUCGGCAUUUUAUAUAGAAUGGUAAAAUGUUAAACUACGUGCUCUGUUCAUUCAUGUUUCAGCAUUUUAUAUAAAAUGGUGAAAUGUUAAACUACGUGCUCUUUUUAAUUAUUUUUUUUUUUUGCAUGAUAUUCAAAAACAAAUCAAACAAAAAAUAAUUCAUUCACUUAUCACAAUAAAAGUAAUGCUUGUAAGUAGGCCCUCAAGUGGUCGAGCUGUUAAUACUUUAUGUCUCUCUUUUCUCACAAGUGCUGGUCAGAAUUAAAAAUGGCAUAUCUUUUCCCAUUUCUUUUACCUCUUUGACCUUUUUAUAACACACCAGGAUGUGCAGACAAAUUGAAUACCGCGCGUUAACCCUUGAUCGAAUAUAAAAGGAUCGAACAUAAAUGGUGGUUCCAAAAAUACUAAUCAUUGCUGCAUGUAAACUUGUUUAUUUAAUCUAGAAUACAACGCACCAAAGGAAAUAUUGGUCCGGACUUCGUUUUAAUAGUCGGCCAAUAUCGAGGUAUUUAUUCUAUUUAUAUACAUGUUGGGGAUAUUUAAGGGAUUACUUUGCUUUUUGUUAAUAUAAUUUGUGUGUGCAUUUUUGAAUUUUGCGUGUUGUUUGUGAUAGCUCUAUUAGAUUCCUUUACGCUGUGAAUAAAUUUUUACACAGUUCUACUUCUUCAUUAUUUUCCAGUCCUUUUAACACAAAUUGUGACAGCUGGACUUAAUCAUGGCAAUGUAUUAGUAUAAAUAAUAUUUAUACAGAAUUUUACGUGCGUUAUUUUAUCGAAUCGUGUUGAUGCAAUACUUGAUUAUCUUAUAUAUGAUUGUGUUAUAUAGAAAAAGUAUAUCUCGUAAUGGUCAUAGAUUGCUGAUAUUUAUGAUAAAUGGUUUACUAAAAGCCAUUUUUGUAAUAUGGAUAUCUUUCUAAACAUAUUCAUUAUUUUAAGUUAAAUGAAAAAAUAGAUUUGAUGCAUGAAUCGAAAUAAUCCAAUAAGAACUUUUGGUAUCAGCAUUCUAUGUUAUAUAAGAUUACUCACAACACCUACACUUAUACUUUGUAAGUCACUAUGUUACGAGGUGGCGAUUUACAUGUUUUGUAAAAUUGUUUGAGCCAAUUGAUGUAGUUGUAUAUCGCCCCUAGCUAAGUGGUUAAAGUAUUGGAUUUGGGAACGGCAGAUCAUGUGUUCGAAUCUGCAUUGGGCUUUUGCAAUGUUUAUUGAAUUAAAUUUUUAAAAUUUUGUAUCCAAAAUUGCACAUGUCUUUAAACCUUGUUAAUUUUUAAACUAUCAUACUAUCUAUCAUAUUUUAGAGUGUUUUGCUGAUUUGAGAAACUUUAUUGUACAGUGAGCCACACAAAGCAAAUUUUAGGAAAUAGCAAAAAGUAUACACUAUACAUGUAUGCACUUUAAAAUCAAUUUUUGAAUAAUAUACCGAAUGUAUUUCUUCGGCAAAAUAAAGGCAAUGCUUCAAUGUGGGCCUUCAAGUGGUCGUU